UAAGAUCCCCGACCACGUAAAGCUCUGUUAUAGCCCGCUGAGCCUAAACCGUUCUCCGUGAACAGAGAAGCCAAGCAUCUCUCAAGGGUUUUGCGAGGUUUUACAGAAUCACAGAAAUCCCACCAUGAAAAGAGCUUCAUUUUCCUUCCUCUCAAGCCUCACUCGCCACAAACCCCGAUCGUUUGGGCUAUCCUCCACCAGAAACUACAAUUUCGACCCCUCUUCUUCCUUUCAUUCACUUCACUCACCAACCCAUCUCAAGCCCCGGACGAGAAGCCAUGGCUUACUCAUCGAGCUCCACGGGUACCAAUCAUACCCAUAUCGAAGCAUUAACACCCUUGUUGAGAAACAGCCUCAAAUCUCAUCUAGGCAGCGGAAAAUCAAGGAAAAGUCUGAACUUGAAGAAGCCUUUGAGUCUGCGAAGACGGCUGAGGAGAUGCUCAAGGCUUUCAAGAACAUGGAGUCUUCUUUUAAUGAGUCGGAACUUGGUUUAUCUGCCUUGAAAGUUGGACUCAAGCUUGACCAAGAAGGUGAGGACCCUGAAAAGACUCUUUCUUUUGCCUUUAGAGCACUGAAGGCUCUGGAUACAGAUGAUAGUAAACCUUCUCUACUUAUUGCCAUGACUUUGCAAUUGAUGGGUUCUGGGAAUUAUAGUUUAAAAAGGUUCAAUGAUUGCUUGGGGUAUCUAAAUAGGGCCAAUAGAAUGCUAGGCAGAUUAGAAGCAGAGGGUUCUAGUGCUGCUGAGGAUAUUAAGCCAGUGCUGCAUGCAGUGCAGCUUGAAUUGGCCAAUGUGAAGACAGCUAUGGGAAGAAGAGAGGAGGCUCUGGAAAAUCUUAAGAAAUGCUUGGAAAUUAAGAAUACAAUGUUGGAAGAUGAUAGCAAGGAGUUAGGUGUAGCAAAUAGGGAUUUGGCAGAAGCAUUUGUUAACGUCUUGAAUUUUAAAGAAGCAUUGCUAUAUGCUUCAAAAGCAUUGGAGAUACAUAAGAAUGCACUGGGCCAAAACUCAGUGGAGGUUGCACGUGAUAGGAGACUUCUUGGGGUCAUAUAUACUGGGUUGGAGGAACACCAGAAGGCAUUGGAGCAGAAUGAGUUAUCAAAGAAGGUUUUGAAGAAUUGGGGUCUCGGUUCUGAUGUGCUUUGCGCAGAGAUAGAUGCCGCCAAUAUGCAAAUUGCAUUGGGAAAGUAUGAGGAGGCAAUUAAUACCUUGAAGGAUGUUGUUCAACAAACUGAGCAAGAGAGUGAGACUCGAGCUUUGGUUUUUAUUACUAUGGCAAAAGCUUUGUGUAAUCAAGAAAAGUUUGGAGACUCCAAGAAGUGUUUGGAGAUUGCUUGUGGGAUUCUUGGCAAAAAAGAAACAGUCUCUCCAGUUGAGGUUGCAGAGGCCUACUCAGAAAUAUCGAUGCAAUAUGAAACUAUGAAUGAGUUUGAGACUGCAAUUGUGCUGUUGAAAAGAACAUUGGCUCUACUCGAGAAACUCCCCCAAGAACAACACUCUGAAGGAAGCGUUUCUGCUAGGAUAGGAUGGUUACUCCUGUUGACAGGUAAGGUGCAACAGGCAAUUCCUUACUUGGAAAGUGCUGCAGAAAGGUUGAAAGAGAGCUUUGGUUCCAAGCAUUUUGCAGUGGGGUAUAUUUACAACAAUUUGGGUGCAGCUUAUUUGGAAUUAGAUAGACCACAAUCAGCUGCACAAGUGUUUGCUGUGGCAAAGGACAUUAUGGAUGUCACACUUGGUCCCCAUCAUGCAGAUUCCAUUGAGGCAUGCCAGAACCUCUCAAAAGCAUAUGGUGCAAUGGGAAGCUACACACUUGCAGUUGAAUUCCAGCAACGAGUAGUUUAUGCGUGGGAAAGCCAUGGACCAGGUGCACGAGAUGAACUUAUGGAAGCUCGUCGAAUUCUUGAACAGUUAAAGAGAACAGCCGGUCGGACAUCCAUGAACCAGCUUCCAACUAAGGCCUUACCUUUGCCCCACACUAGUCUAUCUGUCAAAAGCUCAUGACCUGAUGUUGCAAUCAACCAUGAGCGAACAAGCUCCAUGGGGUAGACUUUCCGUAUAGAGCAAUCUAGCUCCAUCAUUUGGCGCAAUUCUAUGCUCACUUUCUCUGCAUAGCCCUUUUGUUGGUCAUAAUUUACUUUUGUGCUCUUUUACACUUAGGUGUGAGCCUUUUUCUGUUUUCUUUUUUGCACCAUCGGGUGUUUUUGAUUCUUUGUACUAUAUUUGUAUAACUACUAACCUAAAAUCCAAAAUACUCAAUAAGAUUCCAGGGGAGGAUGCCAAAAUGGUUUUUGCAAUUAUUCAGUAUUGAUGACUAUACUUGAGGCAUCUUGCUCUUCCUUGCCUCUUUA